UGAGUAGAGUGCGCAUGCGUACCCAGACACUUUUCCGCUCAUUUCUCCCCGGUCCCUAUCCGUUUUGGAUCACCUGCUCCAUUUGCCGAGGCGAGGGCAGCUGUGGCGACUUUAACCUGGUUCUUUAUUUCUCCCGCGACCAGGCGCCGUUAUCAUUCCCAAAUCUACGGAAUUCACGUCUGGAGAGUAGGUUCUUUCCGUUAUUCUCGCAGCUAGGAUGAUGUCUAAAUUUCCCCCGAAUAUAUUUCAGUGUUUGUGAAGAGCUCAAAUCUCCAUUUAAAAAGCCAGGUCACAUCUGGAAGAGAUUGAUAAUUCAUGAUUUAGAAAGAUUGUGAAGAUAUGGUCCCAGAAUGGGAUUCUCUCUUAGUAAAUCUACUCAAGUAUCUGUUAUACACAAUGAUUCAAAAGUGAAGGAUCAUUUAAUUCGAAGGACUGAGAAAAGCAGGUUAAGACCAGUGACUCGGUUAUUUCAAAAUACCAGAAAAAUAAGGUUAGAAGACACAAUUCAAGGAGAAAACUUUACAACCAAUGAAGAGACUGGUACAGAAUCUCAUUCAGGAAAAUCAUUAAGUCCUGUGACAUAUGUUAAAGAAAGAGAUGGACUAGAAAUGAUAGAUGUGGAAUGAGGCUAUUUCUACAUUAUUAAUAAACAAAUCCUUUUGGCUAAUUGGUGAGUCAAAUUGUUUAAUUCCAUUUGGUAAACUUGGGGAAAAAAUGGAGAGUUACACUAUUUCUUAUUUGUUACUUUGACACAAUGUACUGAAUUAAAAAAAAAAUAGAUGACUAAAAGCCUCUUUGAGGAAAAAGUCCUCCACUAGUCAAAGUAGAUGCAGUCUUGUAUUAUGUAUGUCUUUGUAAAAUACCAAGCUUUUGCCGUAAUGGUAUUUAUACACCCAAGACUAAUUUUAAAUCUGCUAUUUUAACAUCUAGUAAACCCUGCAGAGUUUUUCUCAUUUUUCUUUUCUUUUUUUUCUUUUUCUU